AUGUAUCGCCAAAUCAGGAUUCAUGACGACGACAAGAAAUUCCAGAGGAUCAUUUGGCGAAAGCAUCCUACGGAUUCACUUCAAACAUAUGAUCUGACAACUGAUACAUAUGGUACAGCGUCAGCACCGUUUGCAGCCACACGCACUCUGAAUCAAUUAGCUGCUGACGAGGGAUCGAAAUUUCCACUGGCUGCUGCGAUUGUGGUCAAAGAUUUUUACGUGGAUGAUGUUUUGUCCGGAGGCGAAUCAGUGAACGAAAUUCAAACUGCUGCUGAGCAAUUGACUCAGCUAUUAGACAGCGGCGGCUUCCAGCUACACAAGUGGUGCUCUAAUUCAGCUGAGUUUUUGGAAUCAAUUCCCGACGAGCUACGAGAGAAGCAAUCAACUUUGGAAAUAAGUGGAGCAAACGACGUUAUCAAAACACUAGGGCUGCUUUGGAAUCCGUCGUCGGACGAAUUAGCUUUCAGGAUAAACCCGAUUCAAACGCAAACUGCGAUAACAAAGCGACAUAUUCUGUCAGAGAUGUCAAAAAUUUAUGAUCCUCUCGGGCUGCUUGCACCGGCCACGUUAGUCUCCAAACUUCUCAUGCGUGAACUGUGGAAAUUAAAAAUCGACUGGGAUGAAGAAGUACCAAUAGAACAACGAAACAAUUGGGUUAAUUUCAUCGCGAGUCUUAUUGCAACUGCUGGAAUGACUAUCAAUCGUUACGUGCUAACGGACAACAGAAUCGCUAUCGAACUUCACGCUUACUCCGAUGCGUCCUUGGCAGCCUACGGUACGUGUGUGUAUAUACGUUCAAUUUGUUCGAACGGCAACGCAGAAGUGCAUUUACUGACGAGCAAAUCUAAGGUAGCUCCUAAUCAGACGGUUCCCCGCUUGGAGUUAUGCGCAUUCCUGCUGAUGUCUCGUUUAGUGAAGGUAGUCACAUCGGCACUUAAACUGGAUUUCAACAACAUCGUUCUGUGGACGGAUUCCCAAAUCGUCCUUUGUUGGCUAAAAAAAUCACCACACGAACUCAAUACCUUUGUUGCCAACCGUGUAGCUGAAAUACAACGAUCUACAAAGGGUUAUGAAUUCAAGUAUAUACGGUCAGCUUUGAAUCCUGCGGAUAUGGUGUCGAGAGGUGUCCUACCGGGAGAACUAAUGCACAAUGAUGUCUGGUGGCAUGGUCCAUCAUUUUCGCGUACCGCUACCUACAAAGAGUUUGUGUUUACUGAAGAAAUCUUGAUACCAGAUGUUAAAACAAUUGCGCUUCCAGUCAGUUGUCAAUCGAUUGACUUUCCGGUUCUGGAAAGGUACAGUUCAUUUCAUAAACUGAGGAGAGUGAUGGCAUACGUAGCACGAUUCAUUAGAAAAACGAAGGGGAUACGAACAGCGAAUGACAAUGAAGUAUUUCCUACGGUUGAAGAAUAUCAAGUAAGUCUUGACAUGAUCGUCAGUCUGGUGCAGCGACAAUAUUACGCUGAGGAUAUCAAGCAGAUACAGAGGUACAACACUACGCAGAAUAUGGACCACAAAUAUGUAGGAGAUUCGCGCUCGCUGAAUCCCAUACACGAAUCCGGAAUACUACGUGUAGGCGGCAGAAUCAAGCACGCGAAUCUAACCUUUGGACAGCGUCAUCCGAUUAUACUUCCACCGAAGCAUCAUGUGACAAAGAUCAUCAUUAACGAUUUCCAUGAAACGUACCUGCACAUUGGACCCAGCGGUUUGUUAUCGGCGCUUCGACAGCGAUUUUGGAUCGUUGAUGGACGGAAUGUGAUCCAGAAGCAUCUCAAAGGGUGCAUUCGCUGCUUCAAAACAAAUCCCCCGGAAAUCAAGCGUUACAUGGGAGACUUACCAAAAUUUCGUGUGACACAAUCAGACGUUUUCUCGAGAGUUGGUGUCGACUACGGUGGGCCUUUUCACGUCUAA